UGAUGUCAACCCAAGCUAGUAUGGGGAGUGGUUCUCAGCCAGGGAUUCCUGGGCAGGUAUCAUCUCAACAGCAGCAACAAAUGGUAGUCUCAAACCAAGCUAAUAUGGGAAACGAUGUUCAGCCAGGAAUUCCUGUACAAUUACCAUCUCAACAGCAGCAACAGUGGUUGCAAAAACAGCACUUGUUAGCAAUGCAACGGCAACAGCCCCCACUGUAUACCCCACGAUCACGUCCACCUAAUUCCAUGAACUAUAAUCCCCACCAACAAAAUUUUCACACUGAUGGUGGGGGCCAGUAUCCACUUUAUCAACAGCAGCAGCUCUUAUUGCAGUCUCAACAAUUGAAACAGCAAAUUGUAUCCCCUAAUCACCCACCCAUGAGUCCUCAACAAAGCCUGAUGGGACAUCCUCAGGCAGUGGCACCUGUGGCUUCACCUCAACAGUUGCUACGCUCUCCCCCAUCUGUAAGAUCACCACAGCCCAUUCCAUCUCCUCACCAGCAGCAUGCUUUGUCUCCUCAUCACUCUUCACAGACCCAUUCUCCUCGCCCAACUCUCAAUGUGGCUGUGAGUGCUUCCCACGCAUAUGGAGUUCCAGAUCAGAUAAUAUCCACGAACGAUAUGAUGCUCACCCAACUAUCGAGUGCCAGCUCGUCCCAUUCCAGCAUGGUGAGCCAGAACACUGGGAACCCAGAACCAAGCCUCUCUAGAGAUGAGCUAACUCCUCAGGAGCAGCUGAAUAGGUUUGUUGAAAACUUGUAACCCUCGAUAUAGAAUAAACAAGAACUUAUUGUGGACUAGCCAUGACUGUGAAUAUUUUCUGACAGAGAAUGACUUGAAUUUGCAGUUUUUAAUAUUUUGUACUUCAAAAAAAAA